GUUUGGAAAUUCCCACUCCGCGUCUUUAAGACUCCUCGCUCAGAGCCGCGCCGCGUCCCUCUCGUGUCGAGCCCUGAUCCCUGCUGUCGCGCGCCUACCUACCCCAUCACUCGUCGACUCCUGCCGAAUCAGUCGAAUUAUCAUCGUCGCUCCGUGUCGCGUCUGCCCGCGUGUCGCGUCUCUGCGCAGCGUCUCUGUGUCGCGUCUCGUGUCGUGUCUCUGUGCGUGUCGCGUGUCGCGUCUCCGUGUCGCGUCUCUGUGUGCCUCGUGUCGCGUCUCCGUGUAGCGUCUCUGCGCAGCGUCUCUGUGUCGCGUCUCUGUGCGUGUCGCGUCUCCGCGUCGCGAUGUCCGGCACGGGGGAUGAGAGCCGCGGUUUCGCCGCCGUGCUCUACAGCGAGCCCGGCGUGCUCGGCCUCCUCGCCAACGCCGUGAGCGCGCUGCUCGUGGCCAUGCACAACUUCUCGUCGCACCGCGCUGCAGAGCAGCUCUCACCCACCAACAACAUCCUGUCCGGCGUGCACCUGAUCCUCAUUGGCGGCAUGACGCAGCUGGUGUCCGGCCUCCUGACCUUCCGCAAGUUUGACCAUCUGGGCGGCACGGCUUUCCUGGCCUUCGCCGCACUCUGGAGCGGCUUCGGAGCAUCCCGAAUCAUCUCCGGCGCCAUGACCACCGCCGCUGCCACCAACCCCUCCAAUAUCACUAGUCUCGUGUACGAUCACGGCAUGAUAGUCAUCAGCAACACGACGGAACCGACCAUAGAAGUGUCACACACUGCCGUGGCGAGCCUCGUGGCGUACAUCUGUGUGUCGGCCAUCCUCGCCUUCUGCUCCGCCACCGCCAACUACAUCAUGCCGCCCGUGUUCGGCACCAUCACGAUCGUGCUGGUGUUCGAGGCCGUGCUGGCCGCGUACCCGCUUGGUUGGGCGGCCCCAGUGGCGGGCUUCUUUGAGAUGAUCAUCCUCGCGGCGGGCCUCUACGGUUCCGUGGCGUUGCUGCUCAAGGGCAUCACGCAGCGCUACGUGCUGCCGGGCUUCGGCAACGCGCUCUUUAACGUCCUGCUGCUGGGUACCGGCAGGGCGGCGAGCGGCAGCGGCGGUGGAGGCGGUGGAGGCGGUGGCGGCGCGGGUGGCAACGAGCGCAAGAAGAACACCAAGUACGCCGAGCCCAUGGCGCUCUGCUGUCUCUGCGACGCCGUCGCCGCCGUGAUCCUCGCCUUCUACUGCUUCGGUUUCCCGCACACGUUUACCGUGGGCGCGCUCUGGCUCAGCGUCAACUCCGGGCCGCAGCUGCUCGCCGCCUACUACGCGUUCCUGCGCGAGGACGCGUACCACGGGGCCAAGUCGGUGCUGCGCUGCGUCUUCUGGCUGGUGCACGCGUGGCAAGAAUUCGUGGUGUCCACCGUGGUGGGCACGGGCAAGCUCGACUCGGCGCAGCUGGCGAUGGUGGGCGACUGGUUCCUGCUGGUGGCGGCGGUCGUGCUGCUGCUCGUGUCGCUGGACAGGGACGUCCUGGAGACCGCCGAGAAUUCGACCUUCGCGCUGCUCGCCGUGGCGGCCAUCCCGCAGAUCCCGGCGAGGGCGCGCUACGCGUUCCUGGGCGCCGCGUGCUGCGCGCACGCCGCCGUGAGCCUGUACGCGACGUUCGCCCGGCUCAUCAACUCCAUCGCCGAGAAGCCGCUCGUCCCCAUCGGAGCCGUGCCCCUCACCACGCAGCGCCUGCGGGCCUUCCUGGGCGCGCUCCGCAGGUCCUGCUGCAGCAGCAGCAGCAGCGGAAGCAACAACGAGGCGGGCAACAACCAGCCCGGCCCCUCCAUGGCGCAGCUGUCAGACGCCGCGUUCUACCUGUGCAACGGCGUGGCCGCGAUGUCCGCGCUGCACUCGACGGAGCCGCUCCGCGCUCGCCUCUCCCUGCCCUGGGUGCUGCUGCCCGGGGCUCUGCUGCAGCUGUUCGUGGCCCGGGUUGGACUCCUGCGCCCGGCGUCCAGCGGAUCCGUGAUGCCCUUCUGCUACGCGGCCUUCUGGGCUGUGUGGACUUGGCUGCGGCUGGCGGGAUCCCCACUCCAGGUCCCUGAUAAUGAUAUUGACGGCUUCAUGGCAGGAGCGAUCUCCGCGCUCGUCAUCAACACCUUCUUGAUACUUGUGGCCGCGUAUGGGAACCUCGUCCUCCUCUUCCACACGCUCGUCAUGCAGAUCCUUGUCAUCUGCCUCCUCCUCUUCACACUCAAGAGCCUCCCCCAACCACUAGAGGACGUGAUGCUGGCGCUGCUGGCGCUCAGCUGUGCGUACGGGGCACUCGCAUCGGUGUCGAACUGCGUCUUCGAGAGGCAGCUGCUGCCCCUGGGACGCGCCCUGCUGCGGACCCGUGCCACCCGCGACCCCGCGGCCCCCCCGUGCGUGACCCCCGUGUCGCGGCGCACGAGCGGCCUGCGCGAGAUCGCGGAUCUGCUGGGGCGAGGGUCGGUGUGCGGGGUCCCCACGGACACCGUGUACGCGCUCGCCGCCUCGUGCCGACACCCGGGGGCCAUCGAGCGCAUCUACGCCAUCAAGGACCGGCCCCAGGAGAAGCCGGUGUGCAUCUGCAUCUCGAGCCUGGAGCAGCUCGCGUCCGUGCGCCCCCCCUUCAGCCCCCUGCUCUGGGAGUUCAUGAGCGGCGUCUACCCGGGGGGCAUCAGCUGCAUCGUGCCCAAGGGGGACUGGCUGCUGCGCCUCGGUGUGGGGGAAGCGUACGACCUGGUGGGCACAGCGGACAGCAUCAUGAUCCGCGUGCCGGACAGCACCGUGGCGUCGCACCUCGUGUCCAUGACCGGGCCCAUCGCCAUCACCUCGGCCAACCCGAGCGGGGAGCCCGACAGCACCCACCACGACAUGGUCAUCCGGCGCCUGGGCGACAAGCUGGACGGGGUUCUGUGCGACGGAGACUCCAACGAGACGGUGGCGUCCACCGUGGUCAACUGCCUCGACAUCGACGGCAUCGGAAUCCGCAUCCUGCGAGAAGGCUGCGUGCCGGGGGCCGUCGUUUACCAGAUCUUCGAGCGAGUGGCGGCGGCGGCGGCGGCGCAGGGCUUGGAAAGUUCGGACUGAAGACUGCGCGCGGGCGCGGAACGUCGACGAUCGAAGCGUGGGAUUCCCCGGCGCUCCACAGCCAGCUGGGGGUUGCCACCCUCUCUCAUGGUGUGCUAUGUGUUGAAGAUGAAUAUCUCGCGGCGAUGCCGGUGGAGGAGGAGGGGAGGGUGGGAGAACCACAUGGCAAUGCGUUGUAUAAAGUUGCGCGGAUAAAAGAGGUGGGGGGGGGGACGAGGAGCCAUUAACCCUGACCCCCCCCCCCACCCCUGUCACCCACCCUGUCCCCCCCAAAAAAUGUCAGAACAUUUUUGUGUUCAUUCAAUAUGUACAUUUGUAAAUAAUUGUUGAUGAUUCCUUGAUGUAUAUUUCCUUUUUGAUCCGUUUGUUUGGAUUUUAAUGAACAUUUACUUUACGUGGAAUACAUUUCGUUUUCCGAAAUGAG